AGAGAGGAAAAACGCCAUGGAUGUGAGGAAAAUAGUAGUUGUGGUCGAAGACGUCGAUGUAUCGAGAUCAGCACUUCAAUGGAGUCUCAGCAAUUUGCUCCGAUACGGCGAUUUGCUGACCCUGCUUCACGUCUUCUCGGCCACGAAAUCGAUGAGCAAAAAGAAAGCGAGGAUGCUCCGAUUGCAAGGCUAUCAGCUGGCUCUCUCCUUCAAGGAAAUAUGCAACUCCAAUUUCUUUAACACAAAUAUUGAGAUGAUUGUGACGGAAGAGGACCGGGAAGGGAGGAAGAUCGUGGCCAUGGUGCAAGAGAUUGGCGCCUCUGCUCUCGUUGUUGGGUAA